ACCUGCUGCUCAUGUCAUUAGGCCGACUCUUCAGGGAGGACUCGGUCUUCGCGUCUCUGUGGGAAAAUUCGCCUCGCUCACAGCUCUGCCCUCAAGACACGAGUUCUUCGAGACGUCUCAAGCUUUCAUGUUCUCCGUUUUCUGAUUCCACCUGGUUGUCUUUGCUUACUUUUGGAGGUCAUCAUGUGGCGUCAGCAGCGCAGCGUCCAUCUGUCGGUCCGUCCGUCCAGAGGUCUGGUGGACGAGAAGGUAGCCAUCCUGGUGCAGAGUGCGCCCCCUGGAGCCCGGAUCACCCUGUGCGCCUUCCACCGCUGCGAGGACAGACACGGGUGGGAGGCUUUUGCUCACUACCUGACGGACGCCGCAGGCUCCCUCAACGUGUCCAGAGAUCCCAGCCUGGGUGGGACGUAUUCCGGGGUGGAGCAGAUGGGCCUUUUCUGGAGCAUCAGACCAGUUCCGGGAAGCCAUCCUGGACUCAGGCUGAGGAAGAAGAAUGUGCAGACCCCCAUGGAGUUCACCAUCUCCGUCUACCAGGACCACUUCACCGACUUCACGGAUCAGGUACCGCUGGCGUCUCAAACGGUAGAGCGCUGGUACAUGGCGCCCGGCGUUCUCAGGACCCCCAUCAAGGAUCACGAACUGACGGCGACCCUCUUCCUGCCCACAGGUCCCGGACCGUUCCCUGCCAUCCUGGACUUGUGGGGUGGCGGAGGCCAGCUGGUUGAGUACCGGGCGGCGCUGCUCGCCUCACAUGGCUUCGCCACACUGGCUCUGGACUACAUGACCCCGAAGAUCACAGUGGAGACCGGAAAGAUGGUGGACAACACCUACUUUGAGAGGGCCUUCACGUUCCUGCAGCAGCACCCCGGGGUCCUGGCCGAACGCGUGGCCAUGUUAGGUCUGUCCUUUGGCGUCUGCGUCACGCUCAAGAUGGCCGCCUACUCGCAUGUCGUCAAGCCCAGGUGUGCAGUGUGCAUCAGUGGAAGCCACGUGCAGCCCGUGGAUGGAACGAUGGCGGACAUUUUAUCUUAUUUUGAUCGGAACGGGCACAAGAUUCAGUUGAAUGACGAGAACCAGGCCAUCUUAAGAAACUUGCUGCUGCCAAUACCCACUGACCCCGCCUUCAAAGUGGAUGUCGGACGUGUGCAAUGUCCACUGUUGGUGGUCGCAGGCGAGGAUGACCAGAACUGGCCCGCCGCCGAGUCAGCCCAAGACAUGAAGGAGAUGAUGGAGCGUGCGGGAAACGCCCACCUGCUGACUGUUCUUUCUUACCCAAAUGCGGGACACUUGCUGGAGCCUCCGUACUCCCCACACACCAGAGCGAGCUCAUUCCGAUCUGUAGGCAGUCGGGAAAAGAUCACAGCUCUGUGGGGAGGCCAUUGCGCGGCGCAUUCGCUGGCUCAGGAAGACGCUUGGAAGAAGACCUUGGACUUCCUGCGCCACCAUUUGUACUCAUAAAGAUUGAACGCCGGUGCCCGCCAGAAGAAGGACAAGUCGGAGGUUAA